AUGGCUCGGAAGAUUCUCUGCGUGGCAGAGAAACCCGCCAUUGCCCGUGCCGUGGCCACGCACAUGUCGGGUGGCUCUUUUCAGACGCAUGCAAUCCGUGGAAACCAAUACGUGAAAAAUUAUGAGUUUGAGUUCAACUUUGGGGCCCCUUGGGGGAAUUGUUCCGUGACAAUGACUAGCGUGAUUGGCCAUCUCACUGGCCUGGACUUUGAACGUCAAUACAAGGGCUGGCUAUCCUGUCCCCCCGGCUCUCUGUUUGAGGCUCCCGUGAAGGAAGAGGUUGACAAGGACAAGUUGCCAAUCGCAGAAAACAUUCGAAAUCAAGCGAGAUAUAGCAAAGCUUUGUUUAUCUGGACCGAUUGUGAUCGCGAGGGAGAGCAUAUCGGCUCAGAGGUUCGUAAUCAGGCAAAGACUGGCAAUUCUCGAAUUGAAGUGAGACGAGCUAGAUUCAGCAACACGGAAAGAGCACAUGUUCUUCAAGCUGCGCGAGAACCGGUAGAGCUGGACGAGUUCCAAGCCAAUGCUGUGGCUGCUAGAAUCGAGCUUGAUCUUCGCAUUGGAGCUGCUUUCACGCGCUUGCAGACCCUUCAGCUUCAGGCUGUCGCGGAAAUUUUGAAGGAGAAAGUCAUCAGCUAUGGGUCAUGUCAAUUUCCUACUCUGGGGUUCGUGGUAGACCGCUAUCUACGAGUGCAAAACUUCAAACCGGAAACUUUCUGGGGAAUCAAGGUCAUGCUCCAACGCGAAGGGAAAAAGGUCAAUUUUCUUUGGAAGCGAGUUCACCUCUUUGACCGCGCAGCCGUGAUCAUGAUGCUGGAGCGUUGUCUCUUGGCAAAGAAGGCAAAGGUCACAAGAGUGAAUCAAAAGCCCAAAAGCAAAUGGCGGCCGUUGCCGUUGACAACUGUCGACCUCCAGAUGAUGGGCAGUCGCUUUCUCCGGUUGGACAGUCAAACAAUUAUGAAGGUCGCGGAGGCUCUGUACACCAAAGGUUUCAUCAGCUAUCCACGUACCGAAACCGAUCAGUUUGACAAAGCAAUCGAUCUCAAGAAGCUUGUGGAAAAGCAAUAUCCAGAUAAUAGAUGGGGACAGUAUGCCAGAGAACUCAUCGAUGGUAAAUUCAGGACUCCCCGAUCUGGAUCUCAUAAUGACAAGGCACAUCCACCGAUUCAUCCAGUGAGCUGGGUCAACCCUUCUCAGUUGAACGAGAAUGAAAAGAAGGUUUAUGAAUUUGUGACCCGCCGAUUCCUCGCUUGCUGCUCCGACGAUGCGAAAGGCAAAGGAACGGAAAUCGAAAUAUUAUACGGAGAGGAGAUGUUCCAUGCCAAUGGCUUGAUUGUUUUGGAGAAGAACUACCUUGAUGUCUAUGUUUAUGACAAAUGGGAAAGCAGCCAGCAGCUCCCUAAUUUUGAGAAAGACGAGAUGUUUGAGCCCACAGAAGCCAAUAUCUCCGAGGGCAAAACCACGGCCCCAGGCUAUUUGACUGAACCUGAGCUGAUUGGUCUCAUGGAUGCUAAUGGUAUUGGAACUGACGCGACAAUGGCCGAGCACAUUGCAAAGAUCAAAGAAAGGGAAUAUGUGGUUGUGAACAAGCGCGGCAGUGGCCGCAGCAAGAUCGAAGAGCUCAUUCCCACCCGCUUGGGUAUUGCGCUCGUAGAGGGGUAUGAUAAUGUUGUGGCGGGCCUCCCGAACAGCAUAUCGCUGAGCAAGCCAUUCCUGCGAAAGGAGAUGGAGCUGAGAAUGCUUGAAAUAUGUGCUGGCUCUAAAACUCGACAGGAAGUGGUACAGCAGAGUCUGGAUAUGUACCGCGAGGUGUUCAUUCAUACACAACGACGAAUUGCGAUGUUGAAAACCGCUUGUCGAAAAUAUCUCGUCGAGCAAGCUUGA